GUCUGCAGGUUGUUGUUAUCAGCCAGUUACCAAGUUGGAUUGAUGAGUGAUUUUUUUAUAUUUAGAACCUAGGUACCAGUUCCAGUAAAACAUAACGAUGGAUUCGAUGAUGAAAGCCCCGCUGACCACUCACUUGAGGCGAAUGUUUUAUUUCGUGACACCAAAUGAAACGUCGUUUGAGAAAGCUGAAGAUGUACCUCAAUACAUUAAAGAAUCAGCCCCUUUCUUCCUUGGCUUUAUAGCAGUUGAGUUCAUUGUAAUGCUUCUUCGUGGAGACGGAAAAAGAAGUCUCAAUGAUGGACUCACUUCAGUCGGAGCAGGAAUGUUUUCCAGACUUCCAUUACUUUUGUUCAGAUCCCUUCAUAUUGCAGCAUACAUAUGGGUGCAUGAAAACUUCCCGCUGCAUGUGCUGCCCUGGGACUCCCCGUACACCUGGUGGUUGUGCUUCCUGGGCAUGGACCUAGGCUACUACUGGUUCCAUCGUCUUGCACAUGAGGUGAAUUUCAUGUGGGCAGCUCACCAGGUCCAUCACAGCUCCGAAUACUACAAUUUUACAACAGCUUUGAGACAGUCAGUCUUACAGGGAUACACAUCAUGGGUGUUCUACCUCCCGAUGGCUCCGUUCAUCCCACCUUCUAUCUUCAUUUUGCACCAUGAGCUCAACAUCCUGUACCAGUUCUGGAUCCAUACAGAGUAUGUGAGAUCGCUAGGCCCACUGGAGUACGUCCUCAACACUCCGAGCCACCACCGAGUGCAUCAUGGGAGGAACAGAUACUGUAUAGACAAGAACUAUGCAGGGACUCUCAUCAUCUGGGACAGGCUGUUUGGCACCUUUGAACCUGAGGCGGAAGAGGUUGUGUAUGGCCUGACCCAUCCACUCAACACAUUUGACCAGUUCUGGGUUCAGUUUGGAUUCCUGAAGUACAUGAUAGAGAGGUUCAAUGAAAUGAAAGGGCCAGCUAACAAAUUGUGUACUUUGUUCUUUGGCCCCGGAUGGGCACCUGGAAAACCAAGAACUGGAGAACUGAGUGACAUUCCUGACGUUCAUGCCCCAGAGAAGCAGUACAACCCCCAAGUCCAGCUGUGGCUCAAAGUCUAUGUCGUUGUACACUUCUUCCUCACCUUUCUGGGAUAUCAACUUCUCUUUGACAGUAAACAGAUGUUCUGCCAGUCCUACCUGUUGAUGUUCAUCAUGUUCCUCGGCUACUCACUCACAACGUACGGACGGCUCUUUGACAGAAGUAACUUGGGCAUUAUAAUGGAGGUGUGCCGCUGUGUGAUGUUCCUUGUGGGGGACAUCGUCCUGGUAAAGCUGGACUUCUACACUCCACCCACUGGACCAGCAGUCAUGCCUUUCCUCCGCCUCCUCCAUGUGGCAUCUCUCGGACUCUGGCUGAUUCUCUAUCAAAAAGUAUUUGAUUCUCAAGUCACUGUUUUGAACAAGAAUCAGUAAAACUACAGUGGAUACUUUUCAGUCAAAAACGGUCAAGCAUUAUUAUGGACACGUCUGGAAAUGAAUUGGUCUUCAGCAACCCAUGUUUGUCGUAAGAGGCGACUAACAGGAUCGGGUGGUCAAGUUUACUGACUUGGUUGAUGCAUGUCAUCGUAUCCUAAUUGCGUAGAUAUUGUCUGUUUGGUUUUGGUUUUGUGGGGAUUUUGGGUUGUUGUUUUUUGUUUGGGGUAGGGGAGAGAUUGGGGUUGGUACUGAAUUAUUCAGUCACAGCAGACUCUAGGCAAGGGAUGUUUCAAUUCAGGUUGUUUUUUUCUGCUGUUUACAUGAGCAAUAACAUCAACAUGAUUUCAUACCACUACUUCUUUGCAUUAACUUAAUAUUUGUUUAUUGACUUUGUAAAAUAUGAAUAUGAUUGAAAUGUAUUUUUCUGAAAUUAAGCAUUCUUCAUGCACUUUCUUACCAAUAAUUUAGGUACAUUAUGAAUAAUAAUUCAUCCAAAAUGAUCGUUUGGGUAUUUAAAGCUUUGCUUGAAAAUCAAACUUUCAAGUUAACAGUUUGGCUGUUGAAUCAAAGAGAGAUCAUUCAACAGAUCGUUAUGAAUAUCUUACUUGUUAAUCAUUGUGUAUUUAUUUAUGUUUCACUUCUGUAUAAUGCUCAUUAUUUGGAGACCAGUGAAGAUCUGGGGUAGAAUAGGUCUUCAGCAGCCCAUGCCUGCCGUAAAAGGUGACUAUGCUUGUCGUAAGAGGCGACUAACGGAAUCAGGUGGUCAGGCUCGCUGAUUUGGUUGAUGCAUGUCAUUGUAUCCAAUUUGCAUGGAUCGAUGCUCAUGAUGUCAAUCACUGGAUUGUCUGGUCCAGACUCGAUUAUUUACAGAUCGCCAUCAGAUAGCCGGAAUAUUGCGUUGUGCAGCAUUAAACAACAAACAAAAAAUCAUUAUUUGGAAUGGUGCACAAUUUGUGUAUUUCCGUGAUAUAUAUAUAUUCAUGAUAUUCAUAAAAAAAAACAAUUAAGAAACACCUGCACAAGAUUCUGUGGAGAGGGGGUUUUGCUAUUUGGGUACCAGUAUUUAACAAAUUUGUCAUUUUGUUGUGAUUUUUAGUAUUAAGGUUGCGGUUUUUGUGAAAUUCAUAAUUUUGGCUGGUUCAUGUAAUUAACAUAAAUAGGGUAGGUUUAUUUGUGAAUUGUGACUGAAAAAAAAGUGUUCAAUAUUUCUUUCUAAAUGUUAACAUACUCAUCAACAUUGGUGUGAAUUGGGGAGUGUUUUUAUCUGGGUAUAUUCAAGAGUAAUGCUGUUGCCUUAGUUCAACCAAUUUAUUGAAGGCUAUGGCUGUUUCCAGAACAUUACUAAAUGAGUUUUUUCGCACCUUCAACAGCCUGGAGAAUAAUUUGUCAUAUAUAUAUGGUGAUGAUGAUGGCUUAUGCUCAUUGGUCUUUCAAUGCACUGUUAUUGUCAGUAACCUUACCUCAUUGUUAUAUUUUGAUAAAUUUUGAUACAAUGUCAUAAUUAAAUUGACAAUUAAACAUUC